UCUUCCUCUGACUCUCAGUGUCUCUGCUCAACUCUCGCACUUUUCCUUUACUGAGUUUUCUCACCAUGAGCAGACAAGUCUCCAAGACAUCUGGUGGAGGGAGCCAGGGCUUCUCCGGCCGCUCUGCCGUGGUCUCCGGCAGCAGCAGGAUGAGCUCUGUAGUUCGCUCUGGGGGAGCCGGCGGAGGGGCCUGUGGGUUCCGGAGCGGAGCAGGAGGCUUUGGCAGUCGCAGCCUCUACAACCUGGGUGGCAACAAGAGCAUCUCCAUCAGCGUGGCUGGUGGCUCCCGGGCUGGUGGCUUUUGGGGAGGGCGUAGCAGCUGUGGCGGUGGCUUUGGGGGCGGCUAUGGAGGUGGCUUUGGUGGUGGUUUUGGUGGUGGCAGAGGAAUAGGAGGUGGCUUUGGAGGAGCUGGUGGCUUCGGUGGAGCUGGUGGCUUUGGAGGGGCUGGUGGCUUUGGUGGAGCUGGUGGUUUUGGUGGAGCUGGUGGCUUUGGCGGGCUUGGUGGCUUUGGUGGGCCUGGUGGCUUUGGCCCUGGUGGUGGCUUCCCUGGGGGAAUCCAGGAAGUGACUGUCAACCAGAGCCUCCUGCAGCCCCUCAACGUGGAGAUUGACCCCCAGAUUGGGCAAGUAAAGGCCCAGGAACGGGAGCAGAUCAAGACCCUCAACAACAAGUUCGCCUCCUUCAUCGACAAGGUGCGCUUCCUGGAGCAACAGAACAAGGUGCUGGAGACCAAGUGGACCCUGCUCCAGCAGCAGGGCACAAACUCCACCACAGGCACCAACAACCUGGAGCCCCUUUUUGAGGCCUACAUCAACUCCCAGAGGAGCUACCUGGACAGCAUCCUGGGGGAGAGAGGCCGCCUGGACUCAGAGUUGAGGAACAUGCAGGACCUGGUGGAGGACUUCAAGAAGAAAUAUGAGGAUGAAAUCAACAAGCGUACAGCUGCUGAGAAUGACUUUGUGACCCUGAAAAAGGAUGUUGACGCUGCCUACAUGAACAAGGUGGAGCUUCAGGCCAAGGUGGACGCCCUUAAUGAUGAGAUCAACUUCCUAAGGACCCUCUAUGAUAUGGAGCUGUCCCAGAUGCAGAGCCACGUCAGUGACACGUCUGUGGUCCUCUCCAUGGACAACAACCGCUUCCUGGACCUGGACAGCAUCAUUGCUGAAGUCAAGGCCCAGUACGAGGAGAUCGCCCAGAGGAGCAAGGCUGAAGCUGAGGCCCUGUACCAGACCAAGCUGGGAGAGCUGCAGACCACGGCCGGCAGGCACGGGGAUGACCUGAAGAGCACCAAGAGUGAGAUCUCGGAGCUCAACAGGAUGAUCCAGAGGCUGCGAGCAGAGAUCGAGAACGUCAAGAAGCAGAAUGCCAACCUGCAGACGGCCAUCGCGGAAGCUGAGCAGCGUGGGGAGCUGGCCCUCAAGGACGCCAAUGCCAAGCUCCAGGAGUUGCAGGCUGCCCUACAGCAGGCCAAGGAUGACCUAGCCCGGCUGCUGCGUGACUACCAGGAGCUGAUGAACGUCAAGCUGGCCCUGGACGUGGAGAUCGCCACCUACCGCAAGCUGCUGGAGGGCGAGGAGUGCCGGAUGUCUGGAGAGUGCCAGAGUGCCGUCAGCAUCUCGGUGGUCAGCAGCAGCAACUCCACGUCGGCCUCGGCAGGUGGUUACGGAGGCGGAUACGGCGGUGGCUUCGGCGGCGGCUAUGGAGGUGGCUUUGGAGGUGGCUUUGGAGGGGCUGGUGGCUUUGGUGGAGCUGGUGGCUUUGGUGGGCUUGGUGGGCACAGUGGCUUUGGUGGGCCUGGUGGAUUUGGUCCUGGUGGCUUUCCUGGGGGAAUCCAGGAAGUGACUGUCAAUCAGAGCCUCCUGCAGCCCCUCAACAUGGAGAUAGACCCCCAGAUUGGGCAAGUAAAGGCCCAGGAACGGGAACAGAUCAAGACCCUCAACAACAAGUUCGCCUCCUUCAUCGACAAGGUGCGGUUCCUGGAGCAGCAGAACAAGGUCCUGGAGACCAAGUGGAAUCUGCUCCAGCAGCAGACCACGGGCCCCAGCUCGGGCCCCCAAAACCUGGAGCCUUUCUUUGAAUCCUACAUCAGCUUUCUGCGCAGACAGUUGGAUUUGGUUUUGAGCGAGAGAGGGAGCCUAGAAGGAGAGCUGAAGAACUUGCAGAAUCUGGUGGAAGACUUCAAAAAGAAGUAUGAAGAUGAGAUCAACAAACGCACUGUGGUGGAGAAUGAGUUUGUGGGGCUCAAGAAGGAAGUGGACGCGGCCUACAUGAGCAAGGUGGAGCUGCAGGCCAAGGUGGACGGCCUGACAGAUGAACUCAACUUCCUGAGGAUCCUCUACGAGAUGGAGCUGUCCCAGAUGCAGAGUCACGUCAGUGACACGUCUGUGGUCCUGUCCAUGGACAACAACCGCUUCCUGGACCUGGACAGCAUCAUCGCUGAGGUCAAGGCCCAAUAUGAGGAGAUCGCUCAGAAGAGCAAGGCUGAGGCUGAGGCGCUGUACCAGACCAAGUAUGAAGAGCUCCAGAUCACUGCUGGCAAACAUGGAGACAGUUUGAGAGAUUCAAAGAUAGAGAUUUCUGAGCUGAAUCGGGUGAUCCAGAGACUUAGAUCUGAAAUCGACAGCGUCAAGAAGCAGAUCUCUGCGCUGCAGCAGUCCAUCAGCGAUGCUGAGCAGCGUGGUGAGAAUGCUCUCAAAGACGCCCGGAACAAGCUGGCUGAGCUGGAGGAUGCCCUGCAGAAGGCCAAGGAGGACCUGGCCCGCCUGCUGCGUGACUACCAGGAGCUGAUGAGCACCAAGCUGGCCCUGGAUCUGGAGAUUGCCACCUACAGGACCCUCCUGGAAGGAGAAGAAGUCAGGAUGUCUGGAGAGUGUGCCCCCAACGUGAGCGUGUCUGUGAGCACCAGCCACACCAGCAUCAGUGGAGGUGGGAUCCGAGGAGGCGGCGCUUUCAGCUCUGGCGGCGGUGGUGGCUACAGCUCCGGAGGCGGUUACAGCUCUGGAGGUGGCGGCGGCGGCUACAGCUCCGGAGGCAUCAGCGGGAGCCAAAGAGGCGUCUCUGGAGGCGGCGGCGGCAGCACUGGCGGCUGGGCUUCUGGUGGCGGGGGCUCUGGAGGCAGUUUCAGCUCCUCCGGAGGCCGGGUGAUCAGCUCUGGGGGCUCCAAGACCUCUGGUGGCAGUUCCAGCGUGAAGUUUGUUUCCAGCAGCUAUUCCCGAGGGACCAGAUAAAGAGGUGCUCUCUAUCCUGUUAGCUCUCCCUCCCAUCACUACCAAUUAUGCUUGGCAAGACCAAGGUCAAUUGCCUCGACCUUAGUGGAGAAAAGAGCUAUGGUUAGUUACACGGAUUCGUCCUGAUUCCCCUGCUCUUUCCUUUCUACUCUGCUUCCCAAAGAAGUUUUCAGAUCAGUGGCAGUCUCAGUCCCUGGCUAUGACCCUGCUUUGUGCUUUGCCUGAGAAACAGCUCAACACACACUACAUUUCAAAGCACCUCCUUAAGUCAGCCAGAGGAGGGCUGGUUAGACCCACAGCUUCUUCGCUGCAUGGAGCACACACUCUGGACAGCCCCUCAGUCUCCUAUCUCUUGCAGCAAGCUCUGUGCUGCUUUGGUUUUGUAUAUAAGGUGUAAGCAAGUUGAUCGUCUUUUGUGGAGAGGUCCUAAACUCCCGUUUCCUUGUGUUGCUGCAAUAAACUGCAUUUGAAAUUCUC